AACUUGAAAGUAGGGUGUUUUUUUUUUUAAAGUAAGGAAGAAAGAAGAUGAGCAGCAACUCAGGAAAAGUGGUGUGUGUGACUGGUGCUUCUGGUUUCAUUGCUUCAUGGAUCAUCAAACUGCUUCUCCAACGUGGUUACACUGUCAGGGCCACUGUUCGCGACCCAUCUAAACCCGAAAAGGUUGAUCACUUGCUCAAACUUGAUGGUGCAAAGGAGAGGCUACAUCUCUUUAAGGCAGAUCUGCUGGAAGAAGGUUCCUUUGACUCUGCUUUUGAGGGUUGUGAUGGUGUCUUUCAUACUGCUUCACCCGUUCAUUUCAUUGUUACUGAUCCACAGAAUCAGUUAAUUGAUCCAGCGAUUAAAGGAACCCUUAACGUUGUUAAAUCAUGUGCCAAAUCGCCAUCUGUGAAACAAGUUAUUUUAACUUCUUCUGUUGCUGCCGUUUUAUAUAAUGGAAGGCCUCGUACCCCCGAGGUUGUAGUUGACGAGACUUGGUUUUCGGAUCCAGACUUCUUAAGGGAAAAUGAGAGGUGGUAUGCAUUUGCAAAGACUUCGGCAGAGGAUGCUGCCAGGAAAUUUUUAAGCGAAUACGACAUUAAGUUGGUUGUUAUUAACCCAUCAAUGUCCAUAGGGCCUCUCUUGCAACCAGAGCUGAAUGCAAGUUCUUCUUCAAUUUUAAACCUAAUCAAUGGUUCACCAACGUUUUCAAAUAAUAGUUUUGGGUGGAUCAAUGUGAAAGAUGUUGCAAACGCGCAUAUUCAAGCAUAUGAGAUUGAUUCAGCUAGUGGAAGAUAUUGUCUGGUUGAAAGAGUGAUACACUUCUCCGAACUUGCAAAAAUUUUACGUGAUAUGUACCCAACUUUACAGAUUCCAGACAAGUGUGAAGACGAUGAGCCUUUUAUGCCAACAUUUCAGGUUUCCAAAGAAAAGGCAAAGAGCUUGGGAGUUGAAUUUAUUCCCUUGGAAGUGAGCCUCAGGGAGACAGUUGAAAGUUUAAAAGAAAAGAAGUUUGUGGACUUCUAGUUCGUGAUAUCUCCUUGAAGAAUAAAUAUUGAUAACACUAACUUUGUCUAGUCAGUGAUUUUGGUUUCAGAAACUCCAUGCUUAAGGGGAAAUUAUUAAUGCGAAAUAAGGCUUGUAUUAAUCAAAAUAUACAAGUCGGAUUGAAUUUGUUUUGAACUUAUGACUUUGCUUUGCAUUUACAAUUGUGGAAAUUUCUAUAUCUUUAAGGUAGAAAAAGAGGCAUUUUUAGGGUGGUCCCUUGAAUUUGAAUGGAGCUUGGGGAUUGAAUUUAUUCCUUUGGAAGUAAGUCUUUGGGAGACUGUGGAAAGCUUGAAAGACAAGAAGUUUCCCAAUUUUUAUUUCUUCAUGUCUCUCCUUGAUCAGGAGUGAACGUUGAUAAUCUCAAUGGCAUUUCGUCAAUGAUUCUGGUUUUAAUA